AUGGCAUACAUCGGCGACGAACGCGCGUUGAUGCAGAUUCCCCGUAACGCUGACCGGAGUCCGAAGCGAUUCCUGCCAGAUGGUAUCAAGGGACGUACUGCAUCGCUCAUCUGGAAGAUGGCGUACAUCAGUAUGUCUAUCAGCUGGCGCAACAAGUUGCGUGUGGCUUUCCGAUGGACAGUGAAUAAGUUCUUUGGUCGGGAUGUUUCAAGAUUUUGA